CACUCGGCUAGCAGCAGCGAGCGCCUUGCGAGGCCUUAGGGCGUCCGUCGCUGUCGCCGCGGAGACGUCGCGACAAGCAAGCAAAGUGGCGCUUUUUUAAAUAUUUAACUUUAUUAAAUAUUAAAAAAACUUAUUUCCGUCGAGUUCAUGCGAUUGUCAAUUUUUUUUUAUAAACCUGUUAUAUAUAUAGAUUAGAAACAAAUAGCGCGCUUUCACAAAUGUAACGUAUCGUUGCGGAAUACCGUAGCAAUUCUAACAGGCGUACGUUGUUGGCGUCGGGAGGGAUUCACUAUUCGGGGGGGUUUGUUUUGAUGCAGUGGGCUGCACAGAAGAACAGAGGGUUUAGAAAUCCGCGGCAGCCGCAGUAAUAACAGCGGCCGCGUUGGAAAUCCGCGGCAGCCGCGUAAAGCAGUUGGAUUUGCCGCAGGCAGCAGUAGCGGCUGAGUCUUGCGCUAGAAAUCCGCGGCAGCCGCAGUAGGUAUCUGCGACAGGCGGGGAAGGAGUCUUGCGCUAGAAAUCCGCGGCAGCCGCAGUAGGUAUCUGCGACAGGCGGGGAAGGAGUCUUGCGCUAGAAAUCCGCGGCAGCCGCAGUAGGUAUCUGCGACAAGGCGGGGAAGCAGUCUUGCGCUAGAAAUCCGCGGCAGCCGCAGUGGGUAUCUGCGACAAGGCGGGGAAGCAGUCUUGCGCUAGAAAUCCGCGGCAGCCGCAGUGGGUAUCUGCGACAAGGCGGGGAAGCAGUCUUGCGCUAGAAAUCCGCGGCAGCCGCAGUAGGUAUCCCGUGGCCGCGAUGUCGAAGGACUACUACAAGACGCUUGGCCUGGCGCGGGAUGCGAGCGACGAGGACGUGAAGAAGGCGUACAGGAAGAUGGCGCUCAAGUUCCACCCGGACAAGAACAAGGCGCCCGGGGCCGAGGAGCGCUUCAAGGAGGUGGCCGAGGCCUACGAGGUGCUGAGCGACGCCGAGCGCCGCCGCGUCUACGACUC